UGAACUUUUUCUUUUAAUUUCAUUAUUUUUAAACAAAGUGUCACUGUCUAGAUAAAAAUAUAAAAUUUGUUGUUGCGCAAAUAACUUUUAAACAACCUAGCAAAAUAUAAAUGACUAAAUUUUUUUUCAAUAAAUCAAGAAACCAAUAUGGGUAACAAUAAUUCUCGUAGUACAACAUCAGAUGUUAGCAAUGAUACAAAUGACCACCCAAGUAACAAUUCCAGCGACUAUCUUUCUGUACAACAAAAAGGUUUUCCAAGAUCGCCAUCUGGAGCAGAAAUUGGAGAAAAAAGUUUAACACAAUUUGUUCCAAUUGAGAAACUUUCUCAAAUUUUAAAAGAAAAAACACGAGAAAUAUAUGGAAUCAAUGGUAUUAAUUCUGAUACGUUUGUGAUAUACGUUUUUCCAAGAUAUGCUGAUUUAGGGCACAGAUUAUUUAAAUUAUUUCAUGAUAAUUCAAGAGCUCAAACUGAGCAUUUAGGAGAAAUAGCUUUCAGACAACAAUGUGAAAGAUUUUUAGGAGUUAUAGAUGAUAGUAAAAUAAUCGAAAAUUACUUAAAAAUGUAUGCAGAUGCAGAUCGAUCUGAUAUGGUUACUAAGGAUGAUUUAAGUCAAUUUUUACUCACAUGCUUCAAAGUUGCAAUGUCUCACUAUACUGGUGCCUCAAAAAUAUGUCCUUUUGCUGACCGAACUAUAGAUUCUGUUUUAAAAGCUAUUUUCUUCUCACAAGAUACCUUAAGUAUAGGGUUCAUUGCUCGUUAUAUGGAACAAAAUUGUACACGUCUAAUUCUUUUGGUACACAAAUAUGUUAUUCACACCUUAUCAACUUGUUAUCGUGGUUUAGAGCAAAGCGAAACAUCUUACGGAGUGGAAUUAUCAACACCAGUUUUAGAAAAAGGACCUGCGUUUGAUAAUAAUGUACCUGCAGAAAAUUCAUUGAUGCCAUUAUCACAAGCUUGGCUUUUGGCAGGAACUUUACCGCCAAUAUAUUCAAAACCACAAGCGGUUACAACGGGAAGUCCAACAGGUAAUAAUCCACCGAAAUGCGCAAUGCAGACAUUUAAAGAUAAAUUCAGCCUUAUUCCAUCUCAUUGGACAUUAUUAUACGAUUCUAAUCAACAUGGUGUGGGAGCAAAUCGAUUUUUACACCAUGUACUAGGCUAUCGUGGGCCCACUUUAAUUCUGAUACAUACUCAAGAUGAUCAAGCAUAUUGUAUAGCUUCUCCUUCCGAGUGGAAAGAAACUCAUUUGUACACUGGAGGAGAAGAUAGUUGUAUUAUACAAUUGCUGCCAAAGUUUGUGAUAAUAGAAAAAAAACCAAAUAUUUUGUGCUUAAAUACUUCGAUGAGAGGCUAUCCGAAAGGCUUAAGAGCGGGGUCCGACCCAAGAAAACCUGUUAUUGCCAUUGAUGAACAUUUUGAAAAAGUUGAUUGUAAAGGAAUUCCUGCAAUCUUAUCUUCAAUCGAGGUUUGGGGAUGUGGUGAUAAGGUGUCACGUGAAGUACAACUUGAUAUUAAAAAAUGGCAGAUAAAAGAAGCCGAACGACAGCGCACCGUGAAAUUAACAGCAGCUGAUUGGAUGGAAAAUCCUGACCGAUACUUGCUAGAAUUGGGUGGUCGACCUAAUUACAAUAACUAAAUUUCGUGCCUGUAUUAUGAUCUGUGUUUUGUAAAAAGUACUUAAUAAUUUAUGUUCUUAGCUGAUGUUAAUAUGCAUAAUUGUAUUUUGUUUUAUUAACUAACCGAAUUUUUAAUGUUAACAUUCUUUGGUUUUUGUUUACACGGUUAAAAUAAAAAUUUAUUUAGUUUAGAU